CAUAAGAAACCAUGUAAAAAUGGUGCAUUUUAACUCUAAUCACCCAUUUUGAUACUUUUUAAGUGAAUUUAAUAUUAGACAGAAAAUGUUGUCACGUGGGCGUUUGUCAUUAUGAGCGUUAAUUGUUUUAGACAGAAGGUAAUGUUGAAGAAGUGUCACGUGGGUGUGUGUCAUUAAAGCUUUAACGCUUAAAAUUUAAUCAUUCUUUAUCUAGCACUCAUACAGAGCUGUCGCAUAAGAAUGACUAACCUUAUGCGUGAGUAUAUUAGACUUAACCUUAUUAAAAGAUGUAUCGAGCAAGAAUUUAUUCAAGCCAACUAUUGUGGAGUAUGCUUAGCUGGAAGUUUGAUAUUUUACGAAGUGGCUAAGAAAUAUGAUAUAACAACAAAAGUACAAGUGGGCACUAAACUUUACUCAAAUGGUACUAAAAUAACACCCCAUUUUUGGAUUGAACAUAAUGAUAUAAUAUGUGAUCCUACAGUAGCCAUUACUCAACAUUAUCUACCGCACAAUCUUAACGUUACUUAUACACGAGAAUAUAAGUUAAAGAAUGCUGAAGACAUAAAAAUUAUUGAAGUUUAUCAGGCAUUUGAGAAGAAUAAAUCCGCAACCGCUUAUUUUAGUGAAGCCCCCAAACAUCUAUUAGAAGUUCGUAAAAAUAUUUAUCAAAAUGUAGAAAAAAUAUUUAAUAAAUAAAAUUUUAAUGCAUCUAUUUGUUUUUUUAUCGCAUAAUCUUGGUAUUAUUCCUCAAAUAAAUAUAAGACAAAAGACUACCGAAGAUCCCCAUCAUAUUUAACCACCAGAAACAUCUGUAGCCAGCUGAAGUCUUCUGAAGUCGCUAUCUGAAGUCAGCUGAAGUCACCUGAAGACUCCUCUAAAGACAUCUGAAGACCAUAGAAACACUAUUUAUAGGGGUGUCACAUCAAAAUGCUUCAGUUAUAAUAGGGCAAUGGAUACGUCACGUAAACGAAAAAUUGUAGAACUUAGACGUAUCAUUCGAAAAAAGUAUAACACCUUAAAGAAAAUGGAAGAUGAUAAAAUUGAACGAAUAGAAAAUAUACGAAGUCCUAUUACAGAACCUUUGAAAGAAAUAGCUGAAGCAAACGAAAACAACGAAUAUCUAGAUAAAUACAAUGAAAAAUGUAUCGAUUAUGAUAACUGCUAUGGACCUGUUUAUAUAGAUAAUAAAUGGCUAAUGGGUACUAAGGAACUAGAAUUUACUAAACAUAAUAUAGUUCUAGGUGAUACCAAGUUUAAUGCUACUCCUGGUUUAUAUGAAUUAUUAUUUUCUAAGAAACCAACAAAUUUUACUCCUAAGGACCAUCAACUCUACAAACAAAUUUUGGAUAUAACUAGCGCUCACCUUGAUUCAAGAGGACAUCUGAGGCAUCAAGCUGACAAAUUAAAAUUUAGCACAAUCAUUAGACCUCUAUUUAAAAAUAAGACAAAAUCUAAAAGUUUUAAAAAUGCUGUUGAACGAAGACGAAACAUGCGAGAUGAUAGGCAAAACAUUAAGCAAAUACCGGGGAAUACUAGACGUGUAAAACCCAUAGAAAGAUUGUAUGAAGAAGACAAUAAAUAUAUUUACCGGGACGAUCCUAACGAACUUUGCGAUCGAUUGAAGCUAUUCGUGGCGUCGAAGAAUGCAGGAAAUACUUCGGUAAACAACGAAAUCGCUAGAAUAAUCGACAAACUUCGAGAAGCAGAUAUCAUAUAUUAGACUACGUUACAUAUUAUAAUCAUUUUCAUCAUGAGUCUCGAUAAGUUUGGACGUAGACGACAAAGUAAUGGUG